CCUACGUCCAUUCUGCCACUUUGCCUUCCAUCACAAGGCAGCCGGUCUGACAGCCGCAAACGGUCGAUAGAGGCCCCUCGCAACCAUCUCAGCUCCUGUCACCCCUCAUUCAACGGCUUGACAGGUAUAUAACCUAGAGCUAAUCGACCUAUUCGCAGUGUGAGACAUCCGAAACUACUCCACCACAUCUGCUUCCGGGUACCCCGGAAACCAUGGCAGUUACCUUGCUUCCAUCCCAAAUCGGUGGAUCCGACGAGACCCCACCCCCAGUCACAGCAGACCCGGUUCGUCUUUGUGUUUACGAUGUCGGGCUCUUUAUCAAGAACUUCCGUUCUAUUCCCGGUGUGUUUCUACCAUGGUCGAGUGGCGAUGGGGACGAAAUGUCUCCCAAAUCCUUUUCCAACCUCAUUUGUUUGGCGUUGCAGUUCCUCCUUCUCGUUCUAGAGUCCUUCUACAUACUCUCCUUACCACUAUUCGUGGUGUUUCCCCUAGGAUCGUUCAUACUAUACCUCAUUGCUACCCUCCUCUUGGUCCGCGGUAUUAGCUGGAUUAUGAAUGGCACCACGAGCUCGGUAACGUCAAAUGUCAACAUCGGAAACGACGCUCGGCAUGUAGAUGAGUGCUGGAUCUUUCUGAAUGGCGUUGCCACCGGACACGUUUGGCUACAAAGUAAUGUGGAUCGCCUCGCUCUAACCUUCCGUAGGCCGAUAAUUGGCGUCCUCAACCGUACCUAUGGCAUUCUCUUCGACCUAAUCCAGUGCAUCAUCGAAAGGGACUUUUCUUAUUCGACAGACGACAUCCGGCGCUCGUAUGCUACAAUCAAGGAGAAUUUGCUAGAUGCAAGAUACAAAAAAGUCAUCCUUAUUCUUCAUAGCCAAGGUGGAAUUGAGGGAGCAAUAAUUCUGGACUGGCUGCUCGCAGAAGUCUCACAAGACAUCCUCCAACGGCUCGAAAUCUACACCUUCGGCAACGCAUCCAACCAUUUCAACAAUCCGCACCGAAGCUACUCAUCCAUGCACACCGCCGAACAGCGCAGAGGCUCUAAUCCAGGAGACAAAGCCGUCCGCCACAUCGAGCAUUACGCCAACAGCGGCGAUUUUGUCGCCUGCUGGGGCGUCCUGAGCUUCCGUAACAUGAGGAACAGGUACAUGGGCCAGAUACUCACGCGUAACGGCUCCGGGCACCUCCUCAACCAGCACUACCUUGGCGCGAUGUUCCCCUUGGGACCAGACUCGCGUGUGCUUGAGGAGAACGCGUUCAUGAAUGCGGAGGUCGAGAUCGUGGGAGCUGGAUCGCCGGAAGCGAGGGAGGGACCAGAGUCGACUGUUCGCGCUGGUAGCGAUGAGGCUGUGGCGGUUGUGGAGAAUGUCAACAGUCCUAUUUCGCCCAUCAAGAUUGUGUCUCCAGAGUCAAAGUUUAAACCCGACCGUGUGCUGCAGCCAGCAAGGGUCAAGGAUUUCAGUCGGCUAUGGCUGUAUCGCAACGGGAGGUCCCCACCUGACUGAGUUGGCUGUUAUCGUCCAUAUUCUUUCUUCUUUAUCUUCAUCCUUUAACCUCUACCGGUGAGAUAAGGUCGAGCUUUCGUCGAGCUUGCAGGCCAUUAGUAGACGAGACUGUAUGAUUGAAUGUAAUACGACACCACUAGUUGGUUGACCGAAUACAC